UUGUUUGGUGGCGGGGCAGCCCAAUGGAGGCAGGUCCACGUCCAAGAAAGGUGGAGACUCCUGGCCAACUUCCUGCACAAUACUCUUCAAGCGCCGCCAGGAGACAAGAAGGACGAAUGGAUCUACGGCUCACUUGACCUUCUCUCUUGGAUUUCCCCGACCAGCAUAUUUAGCUGCUGGUAGCUGCUGGCGGAUCAAAGAUCGUUGAUUAGCGCAGGACGGGCUAAAGGCAGAAAUGGAGGUUGUGGUGGAGUUUGAAUACGAAGCGCUCCAUGAAGAUGAGCUGACCUUGCGACCUGGUGACAUCAUAAAGAAUGUCCGCUGCAUCGAGGAGGAUGGCUGGAUGGAGGGAGAUCUCAACGGUAAACACGGACUCUUUCCUGACAACUUUGUUAAGGAAGUAAAGAAGGAGGCCAAGGAAGCAAAACAUGAACCCAAAGAAGAACCCCAGCAGCCUGUGAAGAGAGAUAAAUCUUCAGGGACUGUGGCCAACUUGGUUCAGAGGAUGAGCACCAUUGGCCUCCCAACUGGUGGCUUCCAGCCACGACCAUCAGCUGCCAUGAAGAAGCCCAAGAAGAGACUGUGCAGAGCCUUGUAUGACUAUCAGCCAGUGAAUGAAGAUGAGCUGGAGCUGAAAGUGGGGGACAUUGUGGACGUCACUGAAGAGGUUGAAGAGGGCUGGUGGAGUGGAGUCCUAAACAACAAGUCAGGACUCUUCCCGUCUAACUUUGUAAAAGAAGUGGAUCCCAGCAAAGACAAUGGCGACGUGAAUGACACCACAGCAGAAGAUGCUGAUGGAGGUGUAGACAGCAGCCAGUCUGCUGCAGGCAAUGGUGCUAUUGUGCAGCCCAAGAAAGUCCAACGUAUCGGUUAUGGGAAUAUUUUCAAAGAUGGCUCUUUAAAAUCAAGAAUCCGAAUACCCAACUUGGAAACAGAAGAGAAAAAGGACACGCCAAGUCCUUCAUUCCCAUCAGCCGCAAAAGCUGCCUUUCCCAACAUGACAGAAGUACAGCGAGGAGAUGGAGAUAGCAACACCAAAGCUAAAGACCUCUGCAAGGCCACCUUUGCUUAUGAGUCCACAAAUGAAGAUGAGCUGAGCUUUCACGAGGACGACAUCAUCACUGUUAUAAGCAAGGACACAGGAGAGCCUGGGUGGUGGCGAGGGGAGAUCGCAGGCAGAGAAGGCGUCUUCCCUGACAACUUUGUCCUCAUGCUAUCGGACUCAGAGAAAGAGGCUCACCUUGUGAGAGGCUCACGUAAGUCCUCACUCAAGCACGACUCUGAGGAGAAACCGAAGAAGCCACCUCCACCUUCAAAAAGCAUAGCUCUCAAACCAGAAGUUCCCAGCGCCGACAAAAAGCCACAUAUCAGGCCAGAGGACAAAGAAGAGGAAGUUGUGUCUUCAUGGGCCAUGUCGCCCCAACUCCAACAACCUGCAUUCCCCGCGGGGACAAAGCUUCCGGAGUUCUGGCAGAGUGACCCGGCAUCAUGGUUCCAGCACAUCGAGGCACUUUUCCACCUGCGAGGAAUCACCGGCGACGACUCCCGGUAUUACUUGGUCGUAACAGCCCUCGACCAGGCGACCACUCGCCGCGCUAUGCAGCUGUUGCAAAGGCCUCCACAGAGCGGCAAGUACGCAGCCCUCAAGAAUCUUCUGCUUCGGAGAUUUACUCUCACUGACGCUGAGAGGGCAGAUAGACUUCUUUCCCUGCCGGGUUUGGGCGAUAGCACCGCCGUGGAUUUAAUGGACUGUAUGCUGUCGCUGCUGGGCUCCGAGGAUGGCGGCUUCAUUUUCCCGCAUCUUUUCUUGAGGCAGCUACCACCUGCGGCCCGUGCGGUGCUAGCUAACUCCGCUUCUCUGGCCUCCGGCGAUUACUGGGGCUUGGCUGAAGAAGCUGACCGGGUGCUUCUGGCUUCCAGACGGUUUGCCGUGCAGAGCCUAGAAGCGCCCCUCAUGCAGACAAUGGAGAACGCGGACCCAGCAGUACUGGCGGGAGUCGCUACCCGGAAAAGGCGCGAAGCGAGCCAGUGCUUCUUCCAUCAACGUUUUGGCGCCAAAGCUCGACGGUGUAUUCCUCCAUGCUCCUUCACGGCCUCGGGAAACUCAAACGCCGGCGUUCAGUAGCGGCUGUGAGCGCCGACCAAGCAAGCGAGCUGCUCUUCAUCGCUGACUCGUCGUCAAGGAGACGUUUCCUGGUGGACUCCGGUUCGCAAGUCAGCCUGUUACCUGCCACGGACGCGGACAAGACGACAGGUGGCUGCGGGCCGCUGCUGAAUGCCGCCAACGGCUCGUCAAUCGACACUUUGGGCUCCAGGUCGGUGACUGUGUGCUUCCAUGGACGUACAUUCCAGUGGGACUUUGUCAUCGCUGCCAUCACGGUUCCCAUUAGUGGCGCGGAUUUUCUGUGUGCUAAUGGACUGCUUGUUGAUGUUGCUAACUGCCGAUUGAUUGACGCUGUAUCUUUUCCAACUUUUACAUGUAAGGCGGGGGACUUGGACCGUUAACACACGCUAAUUAUUUGGUAUCUGGUGACGUUUUUCAGCGUUUGCUGACGGAUUUUCCGUCAUUAAUCACUCCCGCUUUUUCCACCGCAGACACUAAACACGGUGUUGAACAUUUCAUUCCCACAGUGGGCCCGCCAGUUUUUGCGCACACGCGCCGUCUUGACGCGUCUAAAUCGACCAUUGCUAAAGAGGAGUUUGCUACAAUGGAGCGUUUAGGCAUUCUAAUAGCCCGUGGGCCUCACCCUUGCACAUGGUGCCUUAGUCAGACGGUUCCUUCGCCUUCACCGGGCCCUGAUAUCUCUUCUGCCCCACAGGGUACACCCGCUCCUCAUUGGACAUUGUAGCCGUUACGGCAGGCGAGUGAGGCCCCCUGAAAUGUUUUCGUUUUCCCCAUAACUUGCUGUCUGGGUGU